AUUUAUGCGUUUUAUUUUUCAGCGAGAGGCUUGAGGUUUUCAGAGAAAAAUGUCAGCUCCGAACGCGGUUUUCAUGAGUGCCUCUCCGAAUCACUCCCCGAAACAUUUCCUGCGAUAUUUUUUUGAAGAAGAUAAAAUACCGGAACCCAUAAAAACGGACGUUCACGAUUGCAUGGAAAAGUUUCCGUAUUUGCUGAGUAACAAAUACUACGAAGCAACCAUAAACCUGUGUUUAGCUCAUGAGAAGAAUCUCGUUGGAGCAGAUUUUGCCGAGAGUGUUGAAGCUGUCAUCCUUCACUUUGACAGCACGUCGACUCAUGGUUUGAAGAACGCUGAAGACUGGCUGCCAUUCGUUCAAGCCUGGGAACCCAGUGUUUGCAUUUUGUCUUGCGGCUCGUGUUCUAGUGAAAAUGUUGUUUCCGGAAUUACCCGGCUGAGAGCGCAAGAAUGGUGCAUAGAGCAUGGUUUUGAACUGGUCGAAUUGGAACCCAAUGCAGGAAGCGACGAUGAUGAUGAUGAAAAUGUUCCUUUUGGCAAUGCGCGUGGACCUGGUAGAAUCCUGGCCGCUUUGAAUGCCCACACUUGGUCAAACCUAGUUUUGAAGGAGGAGCCAGAUGCUCGGACAUCGGCUUCAAACCGGCUGAAGGAGUCUGUUUCAUCUCCUCCGAAAGAAGACGAGGAAGAAGGUGGCGAAAGUUUCGAAGAUCUUUUCCAAAAUUUCGCCGCGAUGAAAGCCAAGUGUGAUUCCUUAUCGUCGGACGAACGAAAGAAGUACGCGGAAGAAAUCGCCGUCGCCUUUUGGCGUGCCAUGUCCGGAGACGAAGAAGAAGUCACUGGAUUGGACUCUGAACCUGAAACUUGA